UGUCAUUGAGUUUAUAUAGUUUUCCUUUCAUUACUUCUUUCUUCCUCAUGUACAUUUGACGCGGUGCGUGUCUUUGUGUCACUUCACUCUUUCGUGUGACGCUGACAUGGUUCUGCUCAUCAUCUUUACACUCCUGCUGGAGGUUCAACCUCAAAGACUCUCUGAUCAGGUUUGGCUGACAGCGUCUCUAGCGUCAGUGCAGAAAGACCCAAACACAGCACAGCUGAGAUAUGACAUACCGACAGAUUCACACAGUGAUCAAUCUCACUAUAACUCAGUUUUAAAUCAGAAAGAGAGGCCGGUCAUUACAGUAACCCAUGACUCUCAAACUGGUGCUUUUAUAAUUUACUGUCAAAUACCAGGAUCAAAUAACACUGCUUAUGAUUGUUUUAUUUACAUUGGAGAUGAAAAUCGACAAAUUCUAAAAUCUCAAAAAGCAUCUGGAACAUCACAGUGCAUUUCUGCACUCCACGAAAAUGAUUUAUUUAAUCAACUAAAGUCAGUUAAGAGUAAAGUGAUGAGCUGCAAUUAUUCUCCAGAACAUGCAUCAUCCAAACGUUCACCAUAUAGUGACAAAUUCAACCUGACAGCAUUCCUUCCUGUGCAAAUUCAGUCACCAAGCACAACGAAAGCAUCAACAUUAUAUUCAACAACAUUCUCUACAAAUGAAACAACAAGAACAGCUCUGGCUACAGAAUCCACUACUUGGUAUGAAACCACAAUAAACCCUACAGCUGAACCUACUCAUCCUUCACAUCCUCUCAAUGUCACAAUGAACACAACAGCGGUUCUCAAAGUUUCAACUCCUGGUGAAACUCCUGACCAUACAACACCAAGAACAAAAACAUGGCUCAUCAUGGCGCUGGCGGCCACCAGCGGGGGGAUUUUCCUGACCGGACUCAUGGGCGUCUGUCUGUCCUGCAUCAGACAGAAACCAAGAAAGAAGAGUCCUUUGAAAACCUCUGCAGUCAUUUCCCAGAGCCCAGAUGAAGAUAAUACUGAAGAAAAUGAGGAAAAAUUGUGCCACACAUACUGCACUAUUCCUGAUGUUUCUGAAGACACUCAUGAGUUAUACAGCCUGGCACAGAUGCCAAAUCAUUCUCUGCUAAUUUAAUUUCUCUGUCAUUAAAUCAUUAUGAUUAAACAUUGUCAUUUAAA